CAACGCAGACAACGCAGAGCCUGAAUCAGCUGUCAGACGGUGUCGGCGUACGGACGCUGCACCAACUCUUCUCCACACCCAGGGACUCGCCGAUACGGGAAUACAUACAAGGGCACGAAAUCAGAUGUUUCAUCCUUAAACUUGGACAUACUAUGAAUUAGCACAAAUCUAUAACCUACACAAUCGGUUACCGCUUCAAAUCAGCUACCUCUCGGAGUUAGUGGACAAAUAAACACCUCUCAGCUAACGUUGGACCGUGUAGCUCUCGUCAGAUGUUAUUGUUCUUGUUUAUAAACUCUUGGGCGCAGACGGACUACCAAGGUUGUGCCCUGAUAAAGCACGAAUGACUGCCAGUGACUGAGAUAAACAAAGCUAUUGUUUUUGGCUAGCUAGGCUCAUGUCAAGCGACGCUACCUGUAUCUUAAGGUAUUUUACAUGUGUAUCAAUUCUGCCUGUGGACGCUUUUGGUGUUUUCGCUUAUAUUCACUUAAAAACACAGGAGUAGCAACAUUUUUCUCGUCCUGAAGUGGUCCGACUUGUACCUCUACCUGGCCUGAGUGAGAGACCCCGGGCUCGAUUUGCCAUUCUGACUUGUGGGAACAAGCUUGCUGUCGUCUCCGCUUGGUUUUUCUUGUCAUUGACAGUCUGCGUUGCUGAAGCGGUGUUGUCGCAGAAUCAGCCUCCUGUCUUCUCAUUUUAUGUGGGAGAAAAAGGGUUUCUCAGGAAACCCAUUGACUGACUUUUAGUUAGUUUCAUACCGAUUAUCCCUCGUGAAUUGACCUCUGAGGAGUGUAAAGCUUGGGAGCUACACCUGAAUUUCAAAGUUUGUGGAGUUAGUUUAAACUUACUAGCCACCUAGCUUGCAAGCCAUGACUUUUCCCACAGACGGUUGAAAACUUUAGCCAGACUGCUAGCAAGAGCUAGCAAAGCAAAAGCGACACGUAUCCUGGGAACUCCAAUGAGCCAUACAACAUUUUAACUUCUGGAGGAAAAUCUGUUUUGCUUAUACGAACCGGACAGUAAUGCUCGAUGUGUAUUAAAAUUUGAACGGAUUUCUGAGCCCAGUCAGCCUCUUGAGAAACUUUGAAAAUGUCAACGCGGACGCCAUUGUUACCAGUCAAUGACUACUCGGCCAGUCAGCAGUCCCAUGGCGACUCUAAGGGCAGCUCCAACUCGGCACGGAACAGGAAGUCCAUGUCGAGCGCGGCGGACGACCAGCCCCAGGUGGGGAACUACCGGCUCCUCAAGACCAUCGGCAAGGGCAACUUCGCCAAGGUCAAGCUGGCCCGACACACACUCACAGGGAAGGAGGUGGCUGUGAAGAUCAUAGAUAAGACCCAGCUAAACUCAUCCAGCCUACAAAAGCUUUUCCGAGAAGUGCGGAUAAUGAAGCAGCUGAAUCACCCCAACAUCG